AGUUACAUCCUACAUUAGGAGAUCGAUAAUCAUUUGCCAUCCAUACUCAACUCACUAUGUCUCGUCUCGUUCCAGGCAGAUUUCCAGUCCCAGGUGUUUCUCCGAUCGCGGAUAAGAUUCGAGAACGGCGCGGGGCUCGGGGGCUUACCCCGUUGGACGGCACUCUGCUCCAUGUACCUCCCGUCGCCGAGGGAUGGAAUUCGUUGCUCGGAGCGAUCCGCACCAAAGGCGCUCUUCCGGGGGACGUGCGAGAGCUUAUGAUCCUUCGCGUUGCGGCCAUCAAUCAUGCGGCGUUUGAAUGGAUUCAUCACGAACACGUCGGUCGUUCGCAUGGGCUCUCGACGACCCAACUCUGGGCCAUCCGGGAUAUUUCUGCUCUACCUCCUGCCGGCAUAUUGUCGCCUUUUCAAGCCGCGGCACUGGCAUUUGCAGAGCACAGCACUGCAUCUGUGCGUGUCCCAGCGGAGGUGACGACGAAGCUGCAAGAACAGCUGGAGCCCCUAUCCUCCUCGGCGUCACAGGUCGAGGAUCUUCUGGUCGAGGCCGCUGCGGUGGUCGCGACGUACAACAUGGUCUCUCGUUUCCUCGUCUCUCUCGAUGUUGCUGGUAUGUCUGACAGUGCGGUUCCAUGGCCUGUCGAUCGCACAGAGCACAAGAUCGCAAUAGACAAGGAAGGAGGCCACCUGCACGCUGUCACACUUGUUACUCACGACGAUGCCCCUUGGAUUGUUUUCGCCAACUCAUUGCUCACGGACGAGUCUAUGUGGGACUGGUUCGUUCCAUACAUCUUGGCACCGCAAGGAAGCACCUCGUGGCCCUUCCAGGGAACUUACAACCUUCUGCUUCAUGCUCAGCGUGGCCACGGUCGUUCCUCCACCCCGGCUUCCUGCACGAUCCCCAUUCUCGCGCACGACAUCGCCCUGCUUAUCAACGCACUCAUUCCUGCCAAGAAAGUGAAAAGCGUAAUUGGUGUAUCGCAAGGUGGCGCCGCGACCCUGGCAUUUGGUGCCCUGUAUCCCGACCUAACUUCCAGUGCUAUCGCCUGUGACACCGGGCCUCGCACUGCUCCGGGCAAUGCUGCUGCGUGGCAGGAGCGGGUCGCGCUAUCCAAGACGCAAGGCAUAUCAGCGCUUGCUUCCGUGACGGUGGAUCGCUGGUUCCCAAUCCCGUCGCCGUGCGGAAAAGAUGGAUCGCGGGGUCCCCGGCGAGAAGCGGUCAAGGCUAUGAUCGAAGCCACGAGCAUUCCUGGGUUCGAGCUUGGCGCUGGUGCGCUGAGCUCGUAUGAUCUGCUCAAAACCCUCGCAGAGGACGGUGUUGACCUACUGACCUCCGGACAAUCAGUCAAGACACUGCUUGUCGCAGGUGAUUUGGAUGGAGGAGGCAAGGUGGGAGCCGGCAUGAAAUCGUUGCGAGACCAAUGGAAAGCCACGACACCGGCUGCCCAAGUCGACUAUGCGGAAAUCCCAGGCGCGGGACACUUGCCUAUGAUUGACGAAACCGAAAAGUUUUGGGCAGCAGUUGGGCCGUUUUUGAGCACCGUUUAGAUUUACUGGUGUGAUCCUACAACCUUGAAAUGCCCUUAGAUCUAGAAAUUAGAGAUGGCUAUCGCCACAUGUCAAUCUGUAUGAUUCAAUCGUCAAGUUGUUUGUCCCAGAUUGGGUUGUGAGCUCAGAACUCAACCAUGGCACCCGCUUUCAGGCCGUUCAGACUUGCGCUCAUUCAACUAGGGAAUGUCACCAGCGUCAAGGCUGACAAUCUCAGCCAUGCUCGCGAGAUGAUCCUCAACGCAGCAUCGCACGCCAAGAAGCCGGAUCUGAUAGUGCUACCCGAAUGCUUCAACUCGCCGUAUGGCCAUGUGCACUUCCCAGUCUACGCUGAAAGGAUCGGAUUCACCGCUGGUAAACCCUACGACGUCUCUGCCUCUGAGAGCGACAGCGUCAAGAUGCUGUCGAACACGGCGAAAGAAACCUCGACAUGGAUCGUUGGAGGCUCUAUUCCUGAACGAGACGGGGAGAAAUUGUACAACACCUGCACUGUUUACAAUCCCGCAGGGGACCUGGUCGCUAUGCACCGGAAGGUUCAUCUGUUUGACAUCGAUAUUCCUGGUAAAAUCACGUUCAAGGAAAGCGAGACUCUCAGCCCAGGAACGACUACGAAUUUGUUUGACACAGAAUUUGCUCGGAUCGGCCUUGGCAUUUGUUACGACGUUCGGUUUCCCGAGCUUUCGAUGAUUGCUGCCCGUCAAGGGGCGCACAUACUCAUCUAUCCUGGCGCCUUCAACAUGACGACUGGUCCGCUUCAUUGGUCGUUGCUGCAGCGUUCCCGUGCUGUCGACAAUCAAGUUUUCUUUGCUAUGUGUAGCCCAGCCAGAGAUCUGACGGCUGCCUACCAUGCUUGGGGUCACUCGAUGGUCGUCGAUCCCAUGGCCAACGUUUUGGUCGAAGCUGAGGAGAAGCAAGACAUUAUCUAUGCAGACAUCGACCCUACUUUGCUGCAAAAUGCGCGAGCAGGAAUCCCAGUCACUGUGCAAAGGAGAUUCGAUGUCUAUCCCGAUGUAAGUAGUUCAGAAAAGUAGAAAUAUCUACGGAGGUCACUUUGUAAGUGAGCAAUCAAUAGUUUGGAAGACCCAGGAAAACGCUGGAAGCUACUAGAACUUGAGCGUUGAUUACGUACAUCGACCGGUGUCAUCUUAUAGCUGUGUGUGCGAUUACUGACCAACUCAGUAUUGCUUCUUUCCCUCUCCCUCAUCAUGGUCAGAGAAACCAAAUUUUAUGACCUCCUCGAAGUCCCCCCGACGGCCUCUGAAUCUGAUCUCAAAAAGGCGUAUCGUAAAAAAGCCCUGCGCCUUCAUCCCGACAAGGGCGGCGAUCCCGAACUCUUCAAAGAGGUAACUCACGCAUACGAAAUACUAUCCGAUCCAGACAAGCGGAACGUCUAUGAUGCCCGAGGAGAGGCAGGGCUGUCUGAGCAAGGCGGCAUGGGUGGAAUGGAUCCUCAAGACCUCUUUAGUCAGCUCUUUGGAGGUGGCGGCGGCUUCGGUGGUGGAGGAGGAUUCUUUGGCGGUGGCGGGCCGUCACGCAACGGACCUCGCAAGACGAAGGAUCUUGUCCAUCGCGUCCACGUCACUCUGGAAGAACUGUACAAAGGCAAGACCACUAAACUGGCUCUCACACGGAACCGCAUCUGUACGAAGUGCAAGGGAAAGGGUGGCAAAGAAGGCGCAGUCCGCACUUGCAACACCUGUAACGGCCGUGGUGUCAAGGUCACUCUGCGCCAGAUGGGUCCGAUGAUCCAGCAAAUGCAGUCCAAUUGUGAUGAAUGCUCUGGCACCGGAGAGAUCAUCAACGCGAAGGACCGUUGUGUACAGUGCAAGGGCAAGAAGGUCCUCCCGGAGAAGAAGGUCCUCGAAGUGCAUAUCGACAAGGGCAUGAAAGGUGGCCAGCAUGUCACUUUCCACGGAGAAAGUGAUGAAGCACCAACGGCCGAACCUGGAGAUGUUAUUAUCGUGAUCGAGGAGAAACCACACGAACGCUUCAAGCGACAAGACUCAGAUUUGAUCACCGACGUAGAGCUGGAUAUGUUGACAGCCUUGGCUGGUGGGGCGUUUUCGAUAAAGCAUCUGGACGACCGCGCACUCCUUGUCAAGCUUGAGCCUGGGGAGGUCAUCAAGAAUGGCGACUUGAAAGUCAUCCAUGGUCAAGGCAUGCCUGCCCAGCGUCAUCACGAUCCGGGAGACUUGUAUGUCCGCCUCAGUGUGCGCUUUCCCGAAAGCAUCGAUGUCUCUGCUAUUCCCCUGCUCGAACAAGCCCUUCCGCCAAGAAAUCCGGUAGAACAAUUCCCGAAGAACAUCGUAGUGGACGAGGUCACUCUAGACGAAGCCGAUACUCGAUCUCGGGGACCAUUGCGGGACGAUUCGAUGGAUGAGGACACCGAGGAGCCGCGUGUCCAAUGUGCUAAUCAGUAAACUCUGCUUUGCGUCGCCGUGUUCCACAUUUAGAGUUGUAUUUUGUUGUCUAUAUACAAUACACAUCGCAUCCACUGUACCCCAUGUCUA